AUGUCGGUGCCUCGCUUCCCCUGCAUGCCGCUGCUCCGGUUGCCCUCUCACCCCGGGCUGCCGAUGCCGCGAGUCCCCGACGCACCCCAGGCUGCUGACCCCUGCGAUGCCCGGGGGUUCCGGUCCUCGCCGCGGGUCCCCGGGAUGCCGGCGCCGCGGGUCCCCGGGAUGCCGGUGCCUGCAGCUCCCCGGGAUGCCGAUGCCGCGGGUCCCCACCCCGCCCCGCGAUGCCGCUGCCCUGGUCCCCGCCCGCCCCGGGUGCCGGUGCCGCGGUCCCCGCGCUGCCGGAGCCCGCAGCACCCCGCCGGCGAGCCCGGCCCCGCGCCGCCGCUCACCUGCCUCGGCGCCGCCCCCGCCGCAGCGAGCGCGCCCGGCGCGGAGCCGCGAGCCCUGCGGGGCCGGGCCGGCACCGGCUCCGCGGGCCGGGGCUCCCGCCCGCCGCCCUUCCCGGGGCCGCCCUCCGCCCGCCCGCCGGCGCCGCGGCGCGGGAGCGGGCGGGAGAGCCCGGCUCCCGAUUCCCAGUUCCCAGUCCCCGGUUCCACACCGCCGGUGCCCGGUUCGCGGCUGCCUCCCGCCAGCCCUGCCGAGCUCUGUGCAGGGGACAGGGCUGAGGAUGCCCGGGGAGAACCCGCCGGGCAAGCCCAAGACCCGAAUUUGGCGAAAGCGGCUGGCAGGUGGACACAGCUCCGUGCGGGGCUGGCGGUGUCCCCUGCCAAGGCAACCGCCACAGCUGAGCCGGGAAUCCGGACCAGGCGGGGGUACCCCCGGCUUUCCUGA